UGCUGAGGCUCCCUCCAGCAUUCUAACAGUGAAAGAGCACCCAGCGGCCUCAGAGCGGGGACCCACCCUCCGUGCGGGCCGGUCCCGGGCCUGCCACCCCUCCCCCGCGGAGAGCCGUGGGGCGGGGGCGGGGCGGAGGCAGCCUCCCUGCCCCCUGGAGACUCGCUCUGCGCCCACAGGACUCAGGGACCCCGACAGAGCACACCCGAGUGGCCAUCGCAGAAGGAGGAAAGGCCAGAGCAGCGGCCAGGGCCCAGGAAAGGGGGUGAAGCGAGGAUGCACAGCCUGGCUCCUGCCACCCAAGCAUGCACUCCCAUGAUCACAGCAUGUCGCCCCCAGCUGGACUGAGCUCUUGUGCACGCUGAGCCCCCGGGCCUGACGGCUGAGUCUCUAGACAGGCAUGCCCCGGACCCUGAACACCUCCGACAUGGUCACUCCAGGCAGCCUUGGCCCACCCCCCACCGAGCCCACGGAUGGCGAGCCGGCCGGGCAGUCCCUCCUGGAUGGAGCUCCCUUGUCAGCCUCCCUGGACACCCUGAUCCAGCACCUGGUGCCCACGACUGACUACUACCCUGAGAAAGCCUACAUCUUCACCUUCCUUCUGAGCUCCCGCCUUUUCAUCGAGCCCCAGGAGCUCCUGGCCCGAGUCUGCCACCUGUGCAUUGAGCAGCAACAGCUGGACCAGCCAGUGCUGGACAAGGCCCGGGUCCAGAAGUUUGGCCCCAAACUGCUCCAGUUGCUGGCCGAAUGGACUGAGACAUUCCCGCGGGACUUCCAGGAGGAGUCGACCAUUGGGCACCUGAAGGAUGUGAUGGGCCGCAUUGCCCCCUGUGAUGAGGCCUACCGAAAGAGGAUGCAUCAGCUCCUACAGGCUCUGCACCAGAAGCUGGCGGCUCAGGGCCAGGGCCAGGGCCCAGAAGCCGUGCUGGGGGCCGACAAACCCAUCUCCUACAGGACCAAGCCGCCAGCCUCCAUCCACAGGGAGCUUCUUGGCAUCUGCAGUGACCCCUACACUCUGGCCCAGCAGCUGACCCAUGUGGAGCUGGAACGGCUGCGGCACAUCGGGCCUGAAGAGUUUGUCCAGGCUUUUGUGAACAAGGACCCUCUGGCCAGCACAAAGCCUUGUUUCAGUGAGAAGACUACUAAUCUGGAGGCUUAUGUGAAAUGGUUCAACAGAUUGUGCUACCUCGUGGCAACUGAGAUCUGCAUGCCGGCCAAGAAGAAGCAGAGGGCCCAGGUGGUGGAGUUCUUCAUCGAUGUGGCCCGAGAGUGUUUCAACAUUGGCAACUUCAACUCUCUGAUGGCCAUCAUCUCCGGCAUGAACAUGAGCCCUGUCUCCAGGCUGAAGAAGACCUGGGCCAAAGUGAAGACGGCCAAGUUUUUCAUCCUCGAGCACCAGAUGGACCCAACAGGGAACUUCUGCAACUACAGAACAGCCCUGCGAGGAGCGGCCCACCGCUCCCUGACAGCCCACAGCAGCCGAGAGAAGAUUGUCAUUCCCUUCUUCAGCCUGCUCAUCAAAGACAUCUACUUCCUGAACGAGGGCUGCGCCAACCGCCUGCCAAAUGGACAUGUCAACUUUGAGAAAUUUCUGGAGCUGGCCAAGCAGGUUGGAGAGUUCAUCACAUGGAAACAAGUAGAGUGUCCCUUUGAGCAAGACCCCAGCAUCACUCACUACCUGCACACCGCUCCCAUCUUCAGCGAGGAUGCUCCAGGCUCCCCCUGGCAGGACCCACCUAGCAAUCAAGUCAGCCUUGAGGCUUCCUGAAACAAAUGAUAAUAUAAGAAGUAUCAGCAAAGAAACAGAAGGUAUAAAGAAGAACCAAAUGGAAAUUAUAAGACCGAAAAAUACAUAACUGAAAUAAAAAACUGAGUAGAUGCGCUCAACAUCGGAACAAAGAGGGCAAAGGAAAGAAUUGAUGAACUCGAAGACAGAAGAAUAGAAAUUAUAGGAUCUAAACAACAGAGCCUCAGGGACCUGUUGGACUACAACAAAAGAUCUAACACUCUUGUCAUCAGAGUCUGAGAAGGAAGGGGAGAAAACAGGCAGAGUUGAAAAAAAAUCAUCUAAGAAGUAAUGGCAGGAAAGUUCCCAGAUUUGAAAAAGAUAUGCCUACAGAUUCAAGUAGCUGAGUAAACACCAAAGAGGAUAAAUUCAAAGAAACCCACACCAAGAUACAUCAUAGUCAAAUUUCUGAAAACCAAAGAAAAAGAAACAAAUUUUGAAAUCACCGAGAGAGAAAUGAUACUUUACCUAUAGGAGCAAAAUGAUUUGGAUGACAGAUUUCUCAUCAGAAACUAUGGUGGCCAGAGGCAGUGGCAUAUUUUUCAAGUCCUGCAAGAAAAUAACUGCCAGCCCAGAAUUCUAUAUUCAGUGAAAAUAUCCUUCGGGAAUUUACUACAGAUAAAUCAAAAGGGAAUUCUAAAAACUGUUCAGGUAGCCCACAGGAAGCUGAUUCUCUGAAAAGAACUAUAACACUGCCAUUCUACAACAAAGAACUCGACAAGGAAAAAGAGAAGACAGAAAUACCUAAUAUCAAGACUGAAAUGAAGGAUAUCAUUACAGACUCUGCAAAAUUGGAAGGCUAAUAAGGAAAUAGAAUGAACAACUCUAUACACAUUAAUUUGACAAGUUGAAUGAAAUGGACCAAUUCCUUAAAAAAACAAAAACUACCACAAAUUCAACACAAAGUAGAUUAUUUGAAUUGCCUUAUGACCAUUAAGGAAAUCACAUUUGUAAUUCUAAAACACCCCAAAAAUGAAAUCUCUGACUUCAGAUGGUUACACUAGAGAAUUCUAUUAAACAUUUAAGUAAGACUUAAUACUGAUUCUGCAUGAUCUUUUUUAAAAAAAAUAGAAGAGGAGGGGCCUUCCCAAUUCAUUUUAUUAAGUCAUUAUUACCCUAAUACCAAAACCAAAGAUAGUAAGUAAAAAAAAGGGGGGGGGUAACAACAAAGAUCCCUUAUGAAUAUAGAUGCAAAAAUUCCUUAACAAAAUUUAGCAAAUAGAAUUUGGCAAUACCAAAAAAUAGGGGCGCCUGGAGAGCUCAGCCAGUUAAGCGUCUGCC